UCCUGAAUCAUUCACUUUGUCGUAUAGUGAUAACGUCAUCUGAACUCGCCGUACCUUGUGGCUGACAGGAGUUGAAAGCCACUCGUUAACAUUUUAUACUGUGAAGACAAUCUAUUUCUGUUUUGGGGGAAUAAGUAAGAUGUCUUCACUGCUCAAGGUGGACAAUGAACUCAAGACUAAGGUUGAUGCUUUCAGGGAACGAAUCACUGCAGAGGCAGAGCACCUGGUGGCCAGCUUUUUUCCAAAGAAAUUAUUAGAACUUGAUCAGUUCCUCAAAGAACCCGUCCUAAACAUCAAGGAGCUGAAGGAUAUCCAUUCAGAUAUAAACUUAUCUGUGCCAGAUCCCAUUCUGUUAAAAGACAUCCACGACGGCCUGGACACACAAAAUGCAAAAAAGAGAAAACUCGAGGAAUGUCCAGGAGAGGAUAAAGUAUCUGGGACUAAGGUGUUUGUCAUGCCUGGAGGGAUGAUGAAGUGCAACGGCAAGCUGCUGGACCUGAUUGAGAGGGUCAAACCAGAGAUCAGGACUCUCAUAGAGAAAUGCAACACAGUCAAAAUGUGGGUUCAGUUGUUAAUUCCUAGAAUAGAGGAUGGCAACAACUUUGGAGUGUCAAUUCAGGAGGAGACUGUAGCUGAGCUGAGAACAGUGGAAGGAGAAGCAGCAUCUUAUCUAGACCAGAUAUCAAGGUACUACAUUACGAGGGCAAAGUUGGUGUCCAAAAUAGCUAAAUAUCCUCAUGUGGAAGACUAUCGUCGCACCGUGACUGAGAUUGACGAGAAGGAAUACAUCAGUCUCAAGAUCAUAGUGUCAGAGCUGAGAAAUCAAUAUGUGACAUUGCACGACAUGAUCCUGAAGAACAUCGAAAAGAUCAAGAGGCCACGAAGCAGCAACUCUGAUGCUCUUUACUGAGUGCUCACCCGUACGCAUCUCCACCAUCUCCCCUUCUGUCCCUUAGAACUGGGGAAACGGCAGGAGCUCUGGCCUGGCACCUGUAUGUACUCUGAGCCCUCACUCAGAAAGUAUCUCAAGAUGCACAGGACUGGUCUGAGAGCAGCACCUCUUUGUUAGUAAGAAUAAUGUAAUACUCUAGUAGGAUACUGACCAGAAGAAACCUUUUCCCAGAGCAGGUCUGUACUCUGAGAAACUUCCAGAAACGUAGGCCCUUUUUACUUCAGAACCAGACCAACACAGAUGUAUGUAAACCAGCACCCUGACCAGGGGGUUAUUCCAAGCAUGAGGUUUAGUGACAAACUUGGUAAGUUAACUCAGUAAGUGGUAAACCUAAUAGAAGAGCCCUAUGGCUUGAUUAUCUUAGUAAAACAAAGCCAUAGGGGUCUUCUUUUAGGAGGUUCACCACUUGCGGAGUUCAUUUACCCAAGUUUUUCACGUUCUUGGAAUACCCCCUAGUAAAUACAAACCCAAGAUAAGAUUCCUCCAUUAGCAUUGUAAAAUAUGAUCACAAACCCUUUAAGAAGCAGUUGUAUUAGCAUAUGGCAUAUCUUAUUCGAAGGGAAACUCCGUUUUGUUUUGUUUUUCAAGAAACCCAUUUCAUUAGAGUUUCCCCCUUUUUUUGGACAACAUGGACAUUGUGUCUUCAAGCUUGUGAUUGAGUGGGCUUGUCUACUUGUCAAUAUGAUUGGGGAUAAGUAAUCGCCAUCUCUGGUUAAUACUGGGUCCUCAUCUGUCAGACAUGAAGUAAGGUGGUGCAGCCCUUUUUUACGUGUUGUAGCUUUAAUGAUCAUUUAUGGUACUACAGUACAUAUGUGGAUUACCCAUCGAUCGUAAUCCAAAAUGGAGACUUCUUUUGUUUGCAUUUUAAAAUGUGAAUUAGUGGGGUUGUAUUACUUCCCAUCAAUGAAGUACAGUGUAAUGUACAUGAAAUUAAAUAUUUGUUUUAUUUUGCUCCGCUGCCGUACAGUGCUAGAUGCUGUCAAGUGUUUUUGUUUGUUUUGUUUUAAGAGUGACACGUUUUAAGGAAUAAAAAAAAAGAUUUUUACAAUA